CAGUUUUAUAUGAGCUUGCCCUGAGUAGGGUUUUCUUUGGCUUAAAACCCUCGCUUUCCUUGCUCUUGUAUUAUCUGCAGUCGAUCGACUUCGGAGGGCUUGUUCGUCUCCUUUCCUGAGUUAAAACGAUGUCAAUUUCAGAGGCUGCUUGUACUUACGCCGCCGUCAUACUCUUUGAUGAUGGCAUUCCUAUCACCGCUGAGAAGAUCGCAACGUUGGUUAAAGCUGCUGGUGUGAAGGUUGAAUCAUAUUGGCCAGGUUUGUUUGCAAAGCUUGCUGAGAAGCGGAACCUGGGGCAUCUCAUAAUGAAUGUAGGAGCUUCUGGUGGUGGUGCCGUUGCAGUUGCAGCUGCCCCCGCUGCCGCUGGUGGUGCUCCAGAUGCCGCAGCUCCUGCUGCUGAGGAGAAGAAGAAGGAAGAACCAGCAGAGGAGAGUGACGAUGAUAUGGGAUUCAGCCUGUUUGAUUAGGAUCUCAUUUCAUUUUAAUUUUGUCCCGUCUCUCUUUAAUUUGGUCCUGUCUCUUAAUUACUUUAGUAGUUUCCCAUCAAAUAUUUUUUGUGGUUGUUAAAUGGCUUGAUAUUAGUAUUGGUGAACUAACGGUUAUGACUUGCUUCUGCACAAUGUGGAUUGCUACCUGAUAUAUAUAUAUAUAUAUAUAUAUGUAUGUUAUUUCAGGCUCUA